GCGGGGCGCGGCGCGGCGCUCCACCCCCUCUCCGUACGGCGGGCAAUCAGUCGGGCUGGAGGCCGCGGCGGGGCCCGGGGAAUGUCGCGGGGUCGGGACCGUGUGGUGGCCCUGGUGGACAUGGACUGCUUCUUCAUGCAGGUGGAGCAGCGCCUCGACCCGCAGCUGCGUGGUCGCCCUUGCGCCGUUGUUCAGUACACCCAGUGGCAGGGUGGAGGGAUCAUCGCGGUGAGCUACGAGGCUCGCGCCUUCGGCGUGUCCCGCGGGAUGUGGGCGACGGAGGCGCGGGCGCUGUGUCCUGAGCUGGCCCUGGCGCGGGUGCCCCAGGCGCGGGGCAAAGCCGACCUCACCCGGUACCGGGAGGCCAGCGCGGAGGUGAUGCAGGUUCUGUCGCGCUUCGCCGCCAUCGAGCGGGCCAGCAUCGACGAGGCGUACCUGGACCUGACGGGCAGCGUGCGGGAGCGGCUGCGGGCCCUGCGCGGGCGCCCACUGGCGGCCGCCCUGCUGCCCACCACCUUCGUGCAGGGGCUGCCCGGCACCGGCCCCCAGCCCGGCGGGAAGGAGGAGCAGCGGCAACGUGGCUUGGAGGAGUGGCUGGCGUUGCUGUCUUUUGAUAACCUGGACUGUCCUGACCUGCAGCUAACCAUGGGUGCUGUCAUUGUGGAAGAAAUAAGGGUGGCUGUAGAAGCAGCCACCGGAUUCAGGUGUUCAGCUGGGAUAUCACACAACAAAACACUGGCAAAACUGGCCUGUGGGUUAAACAAACCCAACCGUCAGACACUGGUGUCUUCACAAUUCGUCCCACAGCUCUUCAGCCAACUGCCUGUAAGCAACAUCCGUAACCUGGGAGGCAAGCUUGGCACUGCCAUCACAGAUGUCCUGGGAGUAGAGUACAUCGGGCAGCUGACACAGUUCAGUGAGACAGAGCUCCAGGGUCACUUUGGAGACAAAACUGGGUCCUGGCUUUAUGAUUUGUGCAGAGGAAUUGAAGAGGAACCUGUGAAAAAUCGGCACCUGCCCCAGUCCAUUGGCUGUAGCAAGAACUUCCCUGGGAGGAUAGCCCUGGCCACCCAGAAAGAGGUGCAACACUGGCUCUUGCAGCUGGCCUUGGAACUGGAAUCCAGACUGAGCAAGGACAGGAUCCAGAACCACCGGGUGGCCAAGCAGCUGAUGGUGGUCAUCCGCAUGCAAGGAGAUACACGGGUGUCUCGCAUUUGUGCUCUGACCCGCUAUGAUGCCCAGAAGAUUUGCAACGAUGCCUUUGCCCUCAUCCAAAACUGCAACAUGGCUGGAGCUCACCAGGCAGCCUGGUCUCCACCACUUAUAUCAGUGCUUCUCUCAGCAAGCAAGUUCUCAGAGCCUGCUACCCUCUCUGGAGGCAUCACCAACUUUCUGACAAGUGAUACCCAGCCUGAUGGCACUGCUACCACCAGCCAAAACACAUCUGGCAGAACCAAGGUCAAGUUCUUCAGGAGCCCAAGCAAAGAGCCUAGGCAGAAGCCAGCUAAUGCUAUUGAGUCAUUUUUCCAAAAGGCGUCAGAAAGGCAGCAGUCACAGAUGGUGGCAGCAACCAGCCUGCCUGCUGCUGCCAGUGCAGAGUCACUUGUGCCAAGCUCUCCAGAGCACCAAGAGAGAGAUGGUGUUGGACUUGCCUCUGUGCACAGUGACCUGGAGUCUCCCGUGAAGCAGAGUCCCAGCGAUGGGAGUCUUGCUUCCCCUUCCAAGAAGAUUCCUUGUGAGGAGUCACUGUCUCCUGUUACACAAACACCCUUGACUCCACCCAGCUCCAGAACCCUUUUGAAAUUACAGCCAGCUAUAGAGGGAAAUGAGCAGAAUUUGCCACCCUCUUCUGAGCUCGCCCCACUCCUGCCUGCCUCGCCAGGGGACCAGCAGCACUGUGAGAAGUGUGGCCAGUUUGUGUUGGUGUGGGAGUUCCCAGAGCACAUGGACUACCACUUUGCUCUGGAGCUGCAAAGCUCCUUCCUGGAGCCCAGUGCUCCUGCAGCUCCAGCAGAAGCUCCCACCCCAAAAGCUGCAGCUUCCAGGUCUCCUUCCUUGGGAAAGACCAAGCCCAAAACUCCAGCAGGAUCUAGUGCAAAACGACCAAGAGAAGGUGUGACAAGAACUUUAGAUUUUUUCUUUAAGCGCUUACCUCCGUAACAUCCAGCCACUUGGGAGUGUCUAGACCAGUGUUUUUAGGUAUGGUUAAAUUUUUUAUACUGACGGUCAGAUUUUAAUGCAGGAAAAAAAAAUAAAUUAUCUCUACCCUAAAUCUAAGAGGAACUGGAACUUGUAAAUUGCAUAUGAUGCUGCAUGUACCCAGUUGAGCUG